UACAUUUCUAUGGGCAGAGCGCGAACACACCGCCGGUUCUCGCUGCUCAGCGCGAGCCACUUAGAUAUGUGUUUACGUGUUAACUAACAUGAGGCGUCUGGUACAGAGAUAGACUUUUAAACGGAACAGUGUCCGUACGUCGUGUUUCUUCACCGGACAGCCCCCCUUUUCUGCCUGGCGUCUGUUUGAGCUGAAAGCCUACCGCGGAGCGGUUGUCACACAGGCCGCGAAUCGGGUCUUGUUGCUGGGAGGAGACCGUCCAGACUCGCCUCCCCUGCUAGCAUUAUUAGCUGGCUACGAUGCGCCGCUGCGGCUGGGGUAUUUUCCACACAGCAGGCCACUGUAAAGCGAGGCAGGUCCUUGGAUAAUUGUUUACCCCGACGGAACUGAAGGGUGACUUGGAGACACACCACACCUUUCAAGGAUGGAUGUUGAUUUGUGUGCUGGCGGGGACAGUACCAGAAGAAAAGUGGAUUUGGCUGGGGCUGCAGAAGGCACAAUGGAAGUCGUACCAUUGGAGAUGUACGACUCGGCCAGAGCAAAGAUAGCUGCCAACCUGCGGUGGCUGUUUGCCAAAGCCUAUGGCAUUGACCAUAUUCCAGAGGACCUUAGGGACCCGUUUUACACAGACCAGUACGAGCAGGAGCACAUCAAGCCGCCUGUCAUCCGCCUGCUGCUGUCCUGCGAGCUCUAUUGCCGUGUCUGCGCCCUCAUCCUCAAGACGGAGCAGGCGGCGUCUCUUCAGUCGCACCUCUCUGUCAUCCAGGCUUUGUCCAGGAAGGGCAUAUAUGUCGUGGAAAGUGACGAUACACCCGUCACAGAUGAGGACCUGGCCUGCGUGCCCAUCAAAAUGAGUGCUCACAUGCCCAUGAUCGAUGCCCUGAUGAUGGCUUACACAGUGGAGAUGAUCAGCAUCGAGAAAGUGGUAGCUUCUGUCAAGCGCUUUUCUACCUUCAGUGCCUCCAAGGAGCUGCCCUUCGACCUGGAGGAUGCCAUGGUCUUCUGGAUAAACAAGGUGAACACGAAGAUGAGGGAAAUUACAGAAAGGGAGCACAAAGUCAAGCACCACCCCCUGGAGUCCCCCAGCCACCAAAAGGUACGGUAUCGUCGGGAGCACGCCUCAGGCCGACAGCUGCCCUUUUUCCCUCUGCUGGAAGACCUCAUGAGGGAUGUUUGUGACGGAGCUGCACUGCUCACUGUGGUCAACUACUACUGCCCAGAUCUCAUGAAGCUGGAGGAUAUUUGCCUGAAGGAAGUCCCCUCCAUCGCUGAUAGCCUCUACAACAUCCAGCUACUCAAAGAGUUUGCCAACGAGUAUCUGAAUAAAAGUUUUUAUCUGACAACGGAGGACAUGCUCUACUCGCCACUUGUGCUCAAGCACAAUGUGAUGGUGUUCAUCGCUGAACUCUUCUGGUGGUUUGAGACCGUAAAGCCAGAGUUUGUCCAGCCUAGAGGUCUCCAAGAGUUCAAAGAUGCUCGAGCCAUUGCUCAGCCCAAGAGUGCCCGCCCAUCAGUGCCUAUCUCCAACGCCACCAAGCGCAGCUUCCUGGCCAGCCCUGGUGUGGCCGAUAACCAGAGCAGCCCUGAAGUCUGUAACAGGUACUUCCUGCACCCCGAAGACUCUGACCCCCUUAAAGGGGGUCCAACCUUCAGUCCUUCCCACCCGCUCCUGCCCCUCCGACAGAGGCAACAAAAGCAGCAAGGAGAUGAUGGUGCAGGUAUCAGAAACCGCUCCAACUCCCUGACUCAGGUGGACGGACAACCCCGAGGCUCCGUCGUUGCAUGGCCUGAUAAAAGGCAGAGACCGCUGUCCACGCUGAGCCCCUACAUGUUUCAUUCAGCCACAGACAGUGAUGCAGACAUCGCUUCUGGUGACAGUGUGAGUCUGGCUCGCUCCAUAAGUAAGGACAGCCUGGCGUCCAACGUCACCAACGUCACACCCAAACACCAGACUGCUGUCCACCAGCCUUCACAGGCUGCAAUGCGCAGAGUCAACGGCCACAGCCUCCUGGGCAAUGUCAACAUUGAGGACGAGGAAGAAACUCUGGCAGCAGUUGCAAGGACUGAUGGUUCCGUCAUCCCCAAACGGGUUGAUGGGACACAAGCAACUGCCACAGUGGCACCCAAACCUUCCACUGAGUCCAAACCUGCACCAGAUAGCUUUUACCUAGAACCACUGAUGCCUGCCGUUAUCAAAACGGCUAAAGAGAAGUCUGUAUGCCUAAACAAGGAAGAGGAGAGUGGUGAAGGGCCCCACUCUUCAGGAAGGGGCUCUCUACGUCGAGGAGAUGGAUCUACGUCAGCCGUUCGAAGGAAAGCUCCCUGUGGCCUGAACCAAACAUUUACUCCUCCGGGUGAGGGGGCAGACAUGUCAGCUGAGCCUCCACAGGCUCAGGCAGGGCUCAGGCCCGUUGUUACCAGCAGUGUGGACCCCUCGUCCAGAGAGCCAGCUGGGGGUUUCUACCUACAUUCAGAUUCUGAAGAACCAAAGUCUGGCCCAGGUCAGGACGCUGAGCUUGAAGACCUGGAUGAGGAAGAAGAGGAUCUGGAUGAAGCUGUCACCACUAAAGACCCAAGCUGGCCCAGGAAAGCCUUUAAUGAGGACAAUGAAGAAGAAGAAUCAGCCAAACUCCAAGAGGACAUGAAUGUGAAAGAGCAUGAGGACAAAGACAUGAAUGGUGGCAGUGGACGCUCCAGUCCCUGCCUUAGCGGUCACUCCCAGGCCAGCAGUAUGGCCAGUGGCAGUGUGCGCAUGACCUCCUUCGCUGAGCGCAAAGCUCAGCAGCAGCGCUUCGGCAGCAACAAUGACCUACGCUCCAGUGCCUCCAGCUCCCAAAGGACCACUCCAGAUGGAUCAGAGAGCAGCGGGCCUCUGGCUUCUUCCUGGAGGCUGAAGAGAGACCAGAGCCCCUCCUCACCCUUGGGUGGUUGCGCUCGUGCAGGCGAUGGCAGCGGUGGCUCUAAUGUAUUGGCCUCUGAAAUCGUCCAGCUGCGCAUGCAGUUGGAGGAGAAACGCCGCGCCAUUGAGCACCAGAAGAAGAAGAUGGAAGUACUGUCGGCGAGGCAGAGGCAGAAGCUGGGAAAGGCAGCUUUCCUGAACAUCGUUAAGAAAGGUGGAGGCAAGAGUGACACAUUGCCCAACCCGCUUAAAGCUGACAUCUCUAAAGACGAACUCGGUGGGGAGAAAGCACCAUCAAGUAAAGAUGAUAUGUGUGUUGAUGCCCUGAGAGGGGACAAAGUGGUGGAAGGAACCACCCCGCCAGGUGCCUUAGAAGCAGACAAGAAAGGGAACAAUGGGAGUUUCUAUCUCGAUGAAGAGUUGGACCUGAACGAGUGCAGCCGCUCCAUUGAUCUGUUGAACGAAGCUAUUGGCAGCAUCCAGCAACAGAUGAUGCAGCUCUCACUGCAGCAGGAGAUGUUGAUGAAACAGAAUGUACAGUCCCCCCCUGGUGCCGCGCCACCUCCUGGUGUCACAAGUGACAAAAAUGGUGACUCAAAGGCAGGUGGAAGUUUUCACUUUGUGGAGCAUGUCUCUGGCAGCAGCACGGCUCCCACCAGGAAACCCCCCAAGCUGAGCUCAGGCCGGAGCUCCAGGUCCAAGCCAUCAGAGCUUAAGAUAGCCAAGGAGCAGAGCAGGCAGACCUCCAGGACCCUCACCCCCACCCAUAGUGGAUCAGAGACAUUACCACACCCAAGGCAGUCAGCUGGGGGCAGGUCCCCCAGGACCGACCAGCCCGACAGCCCCAGAAACCCCACAGCAGCAGAGACAAUCGACAGGCCGGGCGCUGGCCAUGCUCGCAGCGCCAGCUACCGCUUACACGACGAGGCGAACAUUCGCCUGCCGACCCGAGUGGACCUGAAGGCAGUGGCUGCCCAAGAAGUGUCCUUUGACGAGUGCCUGUCCAGCACCCAGAAAGAGUCUGAGCUCAACUCUUCAGACGGUUCAGGGAAAGAGAACAUACCAUCAGACGAGGUGCAGCGCAACAAAUCGCACCUGAUUGAGGUGGAUCUGUCAGACCUGAAAGCCCCUGAGGAAGUGGAGUCUGCUGAGAACACAACGACAGAAGGAGGUGAUGGAGAGCAGAAGUCAGUCAUGGGGUUCUUCUUCAAGGAUGAGCAGAAAGCAGAGGAUGAGCUUGCAAAGAAGAGAGCCGCGUUCUUGCUGAAGCAGCAGAAGAAAGCUGAGGAGGCUCGACUCCGUAAACAACAAUUAGAAGCAGAGUCAGAGCUGAAACGAGACGAAGCCAGGCGGAAGGCUGAGGAGGACCGCCUGCGUAAAGAAGAGGAGAAGACACGGCGGGAGCUGAUAAAACAGGAGUACCUGCGGAGGAAGCAGCAGGAGAUGUUCGAGGAACAAGGCCUCGUGAAGCCCAAAACCCCCAAACCCAAGCAGAAACACAGACCCAAGUCCGUCUUCAGAGAGGAAUCCUCCAGCGAUAAUUUCUCCAAGUGCUCUUCCACACCUGACAACCUGAGUAACGCUCAGUCAGGCUCCAGUCUGUCCCUGGCCUCUGCUGCGACCAACGAGGCCGACAGCGUCAACUCUGGAGGGGCUGGCUCCCAGCGCUGUGACUCUGUGGAGUCGUUUCCAGGCAGCCGUAACAACAGUCGAACUGCAGAGAGAGACUGGGACAACGGCUCCACUGCAUCUUCCAUCACGUCCAUGGCUGAAUAUACUGGUCCCAAACUCUUCAAGGAGCCCAGUGCCAAGUCAAAUAAGCCAAUCAUCCACAAUGCAAUCUCCCACUGCUGCCUGGCUGGCAAAGUCAAUGAGCCUCAGAAGAACCAGAUCCUAGAGGAGUUGGAGAAGUGCGAGUCCAACCACCUGAUGAUCCUGUUUCGGGACGGUGGCUGCCAGUUCCGGGCGCUCUACUCGUACUUCCCAGACACCGAAGAGAUCCAGAAGCUGACAGGAACAGGACCCAAGAGCAUCAGCAAGAAGAUGAUCGACAAGCUGUACAAGUACAGCUCAGACCGAAAGCAGUUCACUGUCAUCCCCG